AUGCAGCUCCUAGUGAGGGUGCCCUCUCUUCCCGAGCGAAGCGAGCUGGACUGCAAUAUCUGCUACCGGCCCUUCAACCUCGAGAGCCGGGCGCCCCGUCGCCUACCUGGCACGGUGCGCGCCCGCUGCGGCCACACGCUCUGCACCGCCUGCCUGCGCGAGCUGGCGGCGCGAGGCGAGGGCAGCGGUGCGGCCGCUCGCGUGGUGCGCCUGCGCCGCGUCAUCACGUGUCCUUUCUGCCGCGCGCCCUCCCCGCUUCCGCGUGGCGGCGUCACAGAGGUCGCUGUGGACCCAGGCCUGUGGUCACGACUGGAGGAAAAAGCGCGGGCUGCGCGCGAGCGAGAUGAGGCGGGGAGCCUGGCCAAGGAAAGCGGCGAAGGAGAGGCAGACGACGAGGAAGAGGAGUGCGAGGAGGGGGCGGGCCCUAGAAGCGCGGGGUGGCGCGCUCUCCUGCGGCUCUGGGAUAGGGUCCUGGCGCCCGCGCGCCGCUGGCGGCGUCCGCUGCCUAGCAACGUGCUCUACUGUCCAGAGAUCAAGGACAUUGCCCACGUGACCUGCUGCACGAUGUAACCGAGUAACGGAAGCUAUGGCAGAAGAAAAGUGGGAGCUGCAGCCUCAGGCGUGCUUUAGUACAGGGGACUGAUGUCAAGACUACCCCCUCCGAUCCCGGUAUUGGCACGUGAUGGAGUUGAGCCAGGGCAGAAGGAAACGCCCUGGGAGAUGUUGAUGCUGAGCUGGGAGCCUCCUAGACAAACUCGCCCCCAUCUACUGAUUGCCAGCAUUACAUUUUCAGGCCCAGGGAUGAUAUAAACAAAGCCUACAUUACUGUGGGAAGAAAACAGACUGUUUUCUUAGCUGUGGCUUUGGCUUUUGUCCAGGGCCGCUGUGGUGUGUGGGAGCAACAGGUCCCAUUUUAGCAGUUGUCAAUGGUUUGAAUAUUUUAAAAAGAUGGAAUGAGAAAGAGGCUAAUUUUCAUGGCAUGUUAAUUUCACUUCUCUGGCAUGUAAGGAUGUUGGUAUGCCUGUUGUCUCCCUACUCCUAGUUCUGUUCCAGAAAUUACUGAGAUGCCUCCCCGCCUAUGAUUAAGUCCUUGCUUCAUUUCACAACCUCUCUUCAGUCUGCUAGGGCAGGUAUUCGACGGGCCAGAGCACAUCAUAUGAGACAAUUAGGGUUUAUCAA